AUGAGCACUGGGUCAUUUUCCAUCUAUGAUCUAAACCCGGAGAUAAAGAAGCUUCUCAAUGCAGAUAACUUUCUCAAUGGACUUUCAGUGAAUGAUUUCGUUGAAGAGAUUAGUAAAGAUCACAUUCUCAAAGGUGCCGAAGUAAACAAGAAAGCAUACCUUGACCCAAAGCCAUACAUCAGAUCCUUUGAAAGCACAAUUAGGGAAUUGAAUCGGCUAAGCGCAGAUGCAAAUGAUCAAAGGAUCAGAGGGGAGAAACAGGUUGACACAUACGAAUUAAAGCAUUCCCAAAACGUUCUUGAAUUGAGUAAUCUGAUUGCUACAACCACCGACAAGUUUAAUCUCUUGGACACCAAAAUAUCAGAUGUUUCGAGGAAGAUCAAUCCAUUGGGUGCUACUUUGAAUAAAAUCUCAACCUCACGAGACAAGUCAAGAGAGACAAUUUUUUUGAUUCGGGCGUAUCACGGGUUCUACACAAAGGGAGAUUAUGCCCCGUUAGAGAAUUUGCGUUCAAGUUCCAAGCUAGACGAUAAUAUUGAAUGUGCUAGGUAUAUUAAGAAAUUGAUUCAUCUUUCCAAAAGAAUUAGCGACGAGUCUAUUCCCACCACCUUAAAAUGCUUACAAAUGGUUGAGUCCUAUGGACACCGAAUGGAGGAAGAAUUGUUGAGAAAAUUUGAAAUGGCCUCUGAUGAAACAUCUGGUGGGGAUUUUGAUAUAAGGGUGAUGAACAACGUUUCGCAAAUAUUGUACGAAUACAACCAAGGCACAACAUUGAUGAAUAGGUUUGUCGAUAAGAAUGAGCUUUCGAUGGAAGCCCACCAUGAAGAUACAACCUUGGAUGACAGUGAGUGGAGCUUAUGGUCUGACACAAACGCUACAAACUACGACUUGUCACCACACCUCAACGACUUUCUUGAAAAUAUUAAAUUCAAUAUCAAAUCGAAAGCAAGAUUGAGUAAAAAGAUAUUCAAUAAUCCAGAAACGGUUAUUGUAUUGUUUAUUGAGAGAAUAUACGGAACUGCCAUCAAGAGGAAAAUCACAACAUUGUUGCAAUUGUCGUUACAACAAAGUUUGUUAGCCCAUGUGAGAAUUUUACAAGCAUUGUAUGGCAUUGUUGGAGAAUUCACCAACCAAAUCAAAGAUUACAUGGUGACUGAAGAAUUCGACACUGAUCAGAAAGUUCUGCAAACUUUGGAACAAUCAAGUGAUGGAUUAUUUGAGGAGUACCUUGCUGACAAUGCUUACCUUGUGAGGGAAAAGAGGAAUUUGAAGGAGAUUGUAAACACCAUCUUAAACAUGCUUGAUCCCGACACAUUCAAUGAACAAACUAGUGAUGAUCAUAGCUUGGCAAGAUCGGACACUUUGAGAUACAGUCAGCAAUCCAAAGCAUACGACCAUACCAGAUUUUCUGCAGAGAAAAAAAGGUUGGCUCAAUUCACUCAAUAUGUCAAAACAAAGAUUAAUGAAAAGGCAAGAAGCGAUAAUGGGGUGUCUAAGUUGGAACUUGAGGAGGACGAUUUGAAAGCGAUUGAUAGUGUUGAAACACUUUUGAAAACCGCUGCCGAAUCUAUUGGAAGGGUGUUGGAAUUGGCACCAAAUGAAGCAGCUGAACAUUCAUUGGAUGUUUUGGCUGUAUUAAUUGUCAAUUUUGAAAAAUUAAUUGUUCGAGAGGAGCUUCAACUACAAAGCCUCAACUUUUUCUGGACGCUUAAUUCCAUUCAAUUCAAAAAGGAGAUUUUGUUUUGCUUGACAGCAUGCGCAAAGAAAAUCAUCUUUCCUUGUGUGACUAAUGACCCCAUUGCCAAAGGGAAAGCGAGAUUCUUGAUAAAUGAGUUUGUCAAGGUACAAGAAACAAGUAUAAAUGAGCUACUAAAUUCAAUCAUGGACUAUUCACUAACUCAAAUUCGGGGAUUUCUUAAUAAGCAGAAAAAGAAGGAUUUUCUUUGCGACUCUAUUGAGGAUGACACGGAAGCUUGUGAAUUGAUCAGUGAGUUCAUGAAUGAAAUGUAUGCUAAUAUUAGUGUUGCUUUGACGGGCGAUAACUUGAUCAAUAUUUUACUCACCAUUGGUAAUGAAUUUCUAAAGUUGCUACUAGAACAUUACAAAAAGUUUUCGGUAAACUCCAUCGGUGGUGUUGUAUUGACAAAGGAUGCAAUUCGAUAUCAAACAAUCAUUGAUGAGUGGGGUAUUCCUGAAUUAUCGGAAAAGUUCCAAAUCUUGAAGGAAAUUGGUAACUUGUUUACCGUUCUGAGUGAAUUAGUCAACUCAUUGGUUACAGAAGGUCAAUUAUCACGUAUGAAGCCGUACAAUGUUAGGCAAUAUAUCAGCAAGAGAGCCGACUUUAACCCCAGCUAUGCUGACAAGUUUUUCAAAUUUAGAUAG